AUGGAUCAAUUGGCUCUCAAGAAACUCGUUAAUAAACUAAUUGAUGAAAAGCUCAAAUUGGUUUGUGAAGAAUGUCGCAAGAAAACUACUCAAAAAAAGCUAGGUUACCACAACUUUAACAUUUCCAUUCAACCAACACCCAUCAAUUUUGAUUUUAGUAUCGACCAUGAAAAUAAGGAAAAUUGUGUCUCUUCCAAUAGGAAUGCAGCCAAUAGAGUCAAAGCAUCUAAGAGCUAAGCCCUUGAUUUAGGACAAUAAAUAUUCAAUGCUGACAUAAGACCCAUUUCCUAAUUUUCAAGCCCCACUGUUAAAGCUUCUCGAAAAAAAUCUAUGCCUUUUCUCAAAAAGGAAACUUAAACGACCUAUGAGAAAGUUCUCAAAUCAAAAAAAUGA